AUGGCGAACAAUGCGCAGACGAGCGUGGAGCCAGUCAGUUUGGAGUACAUGGAGGAUCCCUAUUUCGUGCCGCCAGACGACGACUCUACUCCAAGCUUCGACCUGGCUGUUGAUGAGUUGGAUGAAUUAGAGAACAUAGUCAGCUGGCCACAAGAUGACACUGAGGCCGACUGGCGCACGCUGCCCGACCUUGCCGAUACUGCACUAUGUAUUGAAACAGAAUUUUAUAUGGACAAUCGUCGUCGCAGAUUGCGAAUAUUUAGAAAGAAAAUGCGAGAAGUUCGUGUUACAUUUCAGGACUUAUCAAAACCCUACCUUGCUAAAGUCUCUAGCCACACAAAUUAUAAAAAGUUUCUUGGUAUUACUCCAGGAGCUGAAGAAGCGAUGGCUGGCGCGGGCGCCGGUGACGCACACACUCCUGACGAGCUAGCGGGGCUGACUCCCGAGCAGGCAGAACAGCUCCGCGCCGAGUGGAGCCGGGAAUUGGCUCGGGUCGAGGAUGAGAUAGCCACCCUUCGCACGGUUUUGCAGAGCAAAAUCCGGCAGAGUUCUGAUUUGAAAAGGAAACUUGGCAUCACAGUGUGGAAGGAAAUAACUGAAGACGUUAAUCAGGGUUUGAAAAACGUUAAAGAGAGCCAUGUUUAUCAAACGAUAGAAACUCGCGUGGCUGCGCUUACACAGGCCGUCACUGAAGCACCAAUAUACCAAAAAACUGAAUCUGUGAUAAAAUCCACGGCGGAGAAGACUACGUCGAUACUGGGCGGCAUCACGGCCGGCGUGUCCAGCAAGCUCGGCCAGAUGCGCAACUCGGACUCCUUCCGCUCCAUCGAGGAGAGGGUCGGCUCAGCGUAUGAAAAUGUAAAGGGUAAAGUGGCGUCUAGGUCCAACUCGACGCAGAGCUUCGACGAGGCGCUGCGCGACGCGAGCCGCGCGGCCAGCGGCGCCGGCUCGCCCACCAUCCCCGAGAACAAGCCCUUGCCU